CCGGCCCCAUUGCACGCUGGGCGCGCCCAGCAGAGCGCGCAGGCCUGGGCGGGGCCGUGGCCCGCUGGGCGGAGGUGGGGGGGUGGACAGAGGCGGGGGGCGCCCCCCCCCCCUUUUCUUGCUUCCCGCCACUGUGGCAGCCAAUCACCAGGCAGGCGCCCGCCCCCGGCGCGGCCUCCCGCGGCCCCGCAACUCCCAAACGCCGAGUUUUCGCGGGAAAAAAAUCAGAGCAGCUGGCAGCGCGGCGGGCAGCGGUGGCCGUCCGGGCGCUCGGGGUCGCACGCACGUCCGCGCGGGGUCCGGGCCACGCACGCGGCUCCAUCGCCAUCCCCAGCCGGGCCAGGGGCGCAGGCAGGCAGUCAGGCAGGCGAGCGGAUCGGGGCCGGCCGGAGAGCACCAGCAGACACCAUGUGGAUCCAGGUCCGCACCAUGGACGGGAAGGUGGCCCACACCGUGGACUCGCUGUCCAGGCUGACGAAGGUGGAGGAGCUGAGGAGGAAGAUCCAGGAGCUGUUCCACGUGGAGCCUGGCUUGCAGAGGCUGUUCUUCCGAGGCAAGCAGAUGGAGGACGGCCACACUCUCUUCGAUUACGACGUCCGCCUCAACGACACCAUCCAGCUGCUCGUCCGGCAGAGCCUGGUGCUCCCGGCCAGCGGCGGCAGCAAGGAGAGGGACUCUGAGCUGUCCGACACGGACUCCGGCUGCGGCCUGGGCCAGAGCGAGUCUGACAAGUCAUCCAACAGCGGCGAAGUGGCCAGCGAGGCGGACGGGAAGGCGGGCCUGGCGGACGACGACACGUGGGACGAGACGGAGCUGGGCCUGUACAAGGUCAACGAGUACGUCGACGCUCGGGACACCAACAUGGGAGCCUGGUUCGAGGCGCAGGUCGUCAGGGUGACGAGGAAGGUGCCAUCCCAGGACGAGCCCUGCAGCUCCAGCUCGACGCUGGAAGAAGAUGUCAUUUAUCACGUGAAAUAUGAUGACUACCCGGAGAACGGAGUGGUCCAGAUGAGCUCCCGGGACGUCCGGGCUCGAGCCCGAACCGUCCUCAAGUGGCAGGAGCUGGAGGUGGGCCAGGUGGUCAUGCUCAACUACAAUCCCGACAACCCCAAGGAGCGUGGCUUCUGGUACGACGCCGAGAUCGUGCGGAAGCGUGAGACCCGGACGGUGCGAGAGCUGUAUGCCAACGUCAGGCUCGGGGACAAUUCUCUCAACGACUGUCGGAUCAUCUUCGUGGACGAAGUUUUCAAGAUCGAGCGCCCAGGCGAGGGGAGCCCCGUGGUCGACAACCCCAUGAGGAGGAAGAGCGGGCCCUCCUGCAAGCACUGCAAGGACGACGAGAGCAAGACCUGCCGGGUGUGCGCCUGCCACCUGUGCGGGGGCAAGCAGGACCCCGACAAGCAGCUGCUGUGCGACGAGUGCGACAUGGCCUUCCACAUCUACUGCCUGUGCCCGCCGCUCAGCAGCAUCCCCAAGGAGGACGAGUGGUACUGCCCCGAGUGUCGGAAUGACGCCAGCGAGGUGGUGCUGGCAGGGGAGAAGCUGAAGGAAAGCAAGAAGAAGGCGAAGAUGGCGUCAGCCACGUCGUCCUCGCAGCGGGACUGGGGCAAGGGCAUGGCGUGCGUGGGCCGCACCAAGGAGUGCACCAUCGUCCCCUCCAACCACUACGGACCCAUCCCGGGCAUCCCCGUGGGCACCAUGUGGAGGUUCCGAGUCCAGGUCAGCGAGUCGGGGGUCCACCGGCCUCACGUGGCGGGCAUCCACGGCCGGAGCAACGACGGGGCGUACUCCCUGGUCCUGGCCGGGGGCUAUGAGGACGAUGUGGACAACGGGAACUCUUUCACGUACACGGGAAGCGGUGGGCGAGAUCUUUCCGGCAACAAGCGGACUGCGGAACAGUCUUGCGAUCAGAAACUCACCAACACCAACAGGGCGCUGGCCCUCAACUGCAGUGCCCCCAUCAACGACCGCAAAGGGGCCGAGGCCAAGGACUGGCGGGCGGGGAAGCCAGUCCGUGUGGUGCGCAACGUCAAGGGGCGCAAACACAGCAAGUACGCCCCCACCGAGGGCAACCGGUACGACGGCAUCUACAAGGUGGUGAGGUACUGGCCCGAGAAGGGCAAGUCCGGCUUCCUGGUGUGGCGCUACCUGCUGCGGAGGGACGACACCGAGCCGGGCCCCUGGACCAAGGAGGGCAAGGACCGGAUCAAGAAGCUGGGGCUGACCAUGCAGUACCCGGAGGGCUACCUGGAGGCGCUGGCCCGGAAGGAGAAGGAGAACAGCAAGAGGGAGGCCGAGGAGGAGGAGCCGCAGGACGAGGAGGAGGGCGGCCUCACGUCCCCCAGGAGGGGCAAGCGGAAGAGCAAGUCGGCAGGAGGUGGCAAGAACGGCGCCGGGUCCCCGCGAGGGACGCCCAAGAAAACCAAGGUGGAGCCCUACAGCCUCACGGCCCAGCAGCACGGCCUCAUCAAGGAGGACAGGAGCAACGCGAAGCUGUGGGCCGAGACCCUGAAGGCGCUCAAGGACGGCCCGUUUCAGAAAUUCCUGAGUAAAGUGGAGGAGACGUUCCAGUGCAUCUGCUGCCAGGAGCUGGUCUUCCGCCCCAUCACCACCGUGUGCCAACAUAACGUAUGCAAGGAUUGCCUGGACCGGUCCUUCAAGGCCCAAGUGUUCAGCUGUCCGGCCUGCCGCUACGACCUGGGCCGCAGCUACGCCAUGCAGGUGAACCAGCCGCUGCAGGCCGUUCUCAACCAUCUCUUCCCCGGCUACGGCAACGGACGGUGAUCCUUAAGCACUUCUUGCUGGGCGUUUUUUUUUAAAAAAACGUGUCCAAGCGGGGUCUUCGGCCCCGGUUUUGUUUUUAGUGGGCUUAACUUAAACAUGUAGUUUUCCCUCCACCCCCUAAAAAGCCUCGUCUUCCUGGUCAGGUUUGGUUUUGUUUUUUAAUCUAUAAAUUUUCCGGAAUCUGUAUGAUGGCUCAAAAUAAGAAAGAAAGAAAGGCGGACUCCUCCAGUGUUUUGUUUUAAAGAAAUACGAAGUUUGCGGUUUGCCAGCAAAAAGCAACAGGACAGUUUCGCUUCUGAAGACGGAGCGAGAGACGACUUGGCGUGAAGGCUGCUCAUGUCCCCGGCGUCAGGGUCUCAAGUUCCCGCCGCCGACCUGCAACAGGGCGCCUGGCUGCCCAGAACAAUCUUCUCAAGGUGUGUGGGCCCGGCCCCCAAAGGCGACAGCGAGCGCAUCUUCCCGACGGUGUUACGUGGCCUAAAACCAAGCACGGUGCUGCCUGGCGGUGGCAUCCUGGCCGCGUGGUCCCACCGCCAUCCAUCGUGACUUGUCUAAAGGAAGAGGGACAGUCCUGCUGAGCUCGGUUAAAACUGUCGCCACAAGGUCGUCCCCACCGGACCCGUCUGCUUUCGUGCCCGAGACCCGCACGCAGAGCCCCGGGCGCCCCCGUGUGAGCAGCGUCGAGGCCACCCAGAGCCAUCUCCGCCGGACUCCCCUCUCCGUGGGGCUGGCUGCGCGGCCACGCGCUGUUCCACCUGGAAGGGCAUGGAAGUAUUCGCACGAAGCCAUGUUCAAGUGCCUUUGGUCCUUUCUUUCUUUCUAAACACAGGGCUCUUUGUUUUUAGCACUGAAUUGUCGAAAAUGCCAACCAGAGUCUCAAACUGGUCUACCCAGUUCUUCCCCCGCCCCCCUGGGGACGUGUUUUGGGGGGAGGUUUCGAGUUCUGCUCAUCCUUUCGAUUGAAUUUGCGACCCGCCAAUUUACAAGGGGGAUUUUUUUUUUUAAUUAAAUAAACACUUUUUCGAAAUGAAAUUUUUUUUUUGUAGUUACUGUAUAUGUCCCGAGAAAGCUAUAACUCAGCGUUUGGUUUUGUGUCUUUUUGUUUUUGUAUUUUGGGGGAUGAUUUGCUAAUUUUUCUAACUCUACCAAAGUUUGCAGCCAUACCUCGGUAGAACAGGAAUAUUUUAAAUCCUACAGCUGCAGACGAACUGGAGCGAUAUGGUCUUACAACUUUUUUUUUUUUUUCUUUUUUCCUCCCUAUUAUUAGGUUCUUAAUGGAUUAGGAAGAAACAACACGAUCCUGUGUAGGCUUUUUCUAGAAAGUUCCAUGUUCUUUGUCCCGACUUUAGGCUCAGAAUAAAUGUCUUUUACAAAUGCA